CGCGCAACCCCUCCUUACAUUUUCUCGGUGUCAACUGCGCUCCUCGCAGCGAGGAUUCGCAACUUUUCAGGAGAGUCCGAACGAGGUGACAUAUGGAGGGGCAAACGUCAAGUGUACCGUUGCGGCUGCUGCUCGCCUUCUUGCUGGGAUGCGCCCGACCGUCUUCAGCCUUCAACCUGGACACCGAGGACGUCGUGCGCAAAAACGGAGAUCCAAAAAGCCUCUUUGGCUUCUCCCUUGCCAUGCACCGGCAGCUUGAACCCGUGGAUAAAAGAAUGCUACUGGUCGGAGCCCCGAGAGCCAAAGGCUUUAGCGGUCAAAAGGCAUCGAUAACGGGGGGACUCUACAGCUGUGACAUGAGCUCACCCUCUGCAGGCUGCGUGCGGGUUAAUUUUGACGAAGACGAGGACACCAAGAGAGAAAGCAAAGAGAACCAGUGGAUGGGAGUGACGGUCAACAGUCAGGGGCCAGGAGGCAAGAUUGUGACUUGUGCCCAUCGAUACGAGCGCAGGACCAAUGUGAAUAGCCCCAUCGAAUCCCGUGACAUCAUUGGCCGCUGCUACGUGCUGAGUCAGGAUUUGCAAAUCGACCCUCUAUCCAGCGAGGAUGGAGGAAGCUGGCAUUUUUGCGACAGCAGGCCGAGAGGUCACGAGAUGUUUGGCUCCUGCCAGCAGGGCAUGUCAGCCACUUUCGACAAGGACUACCAUUACCUCAUCUUUGGGGCUCCGGGAGCUUACAACUGGAAAGGUGUGGUCCGCCUGGAACAAAAGAAUGACACCCUCCUGGAGAUGGGCAUUUAUGACGACGGCCCUUUUGAGGCAGGGGAUGAAAACGAGAAGAAUCCCGAUCUUGUCCCUGUCCCUGCCAGCAGCUACCUCGGUUUCUCCCUGGACUCGGGCAAAAGCCUGAUCAAGAAAGGCCAGCUGACGGUGGUGGCGGGCGCUCCACGGGCCAACCACAGCGGCGCGGUAGUGCUGCUCAAGAAAGGCCCCGAUACGACGAACAUCUUGCUGGAAGAGUACACGCUGGAAGGGGAGGGGCUGGCUUCAUCAUUCGGUUACGACCUGGCCGUGCUGGAUCUCAACGGGGACGGCUGGGAGGACAUCGUGGUGGGAGCGCCUCAGUACUUUGAGAAGGAUGGCGAAAUCGGAGGCGCUACGUACGCCUUCGUAAACCAAGCCGGAAAAUGGGACAAGGUCACCCCCAUCAGAAUAGACGGACCGAAGGACUCCAUGUUUGGCCUAGCUGUGGAAAAUCUGGGAGAUAUCAACCAGGACGGUUACCACGAUUUUGCAGUGGGAGCCCCUUACGAUGAUGACGAUUCAGGAAAUGUCUACAUCUACCAUGGAUCAAACACAGGACUCCAAUCCACCAAAGCGGCACAGAUUUUGUCUGGCAAGCCUUCAGGAGUGACAAUGUUUGGUUACUCCCUAGCGGGUAACAUGGAUCUGGACAAGAACUCCUACCCCGACCUGGCUGUUGGAUCCCUCUCUGACGCCGUCUUUGUGUACAGAGCCCGUCCAGUCAUCGCCAUCCAGAAGGAAGUCAAUUUCAUACCAAGGGAAAUUGACUUGACUAAGAAGAACUGUGGGAACAAGUUCUGCAUGAACAUUCAAGCUUGCUUCACCUACACCGCCAACCCCAAGAGCUACACCCCGAGACUGACCUUGGCAUACACCAUGACGGUGGACGCUGACCAAAGAAAGAAGAAUCUCAUCCCAAGGGCCUCUUUCACUCAGCAGUCGGCCUCUGACAGCGAGUACGAAUCCCAAGGGACCGUCGUCUUGGACACCAAAGGAAGGAAGCAAUGCGUCACACGCCAGCUGGCUAUACAGGACAAUAUUCGUGACAAACUUCGAGGGGUGCCCGUCGACGUGGACGUGGAGAUCCAAAAUAGGCAACGCAAACGUCGACAGAGCUCCUCUGAAAUGCCGCCUGUCCUCGACGCUAAAGACACAGUCACAACUCGGCAAGAGGUUCAAUUUGUGAAAGAGGGUUGCGGCAGUGACAAUAUUUGCCGCAGUAACUUGAAGGUGGCGCAUCGCUACGGCUACAAGACAGCUAAAGACGACACCUUCACACCUCUACCAUUGGAGAAUGGUGUGCCGGUGAUCUCGUUUACCAAGCAGAAGGACAUCGCCUUGGAGGUCAAGGUGACCAACCAGAAUGGAGACGACGCACACGAGGCUUCGGUGGUCGCUUCCUUCCCGCGUGCCUUCACAUACUCGGCUUUCCGCGGACCGCCCAAUGUUGUAACUUGCACGGCCAAUAAGAACGGCUCUCAGGCGACCUGUGAACUUGGAAACCCCUUUAAACGGGACUCUGUGACAACCUUCUACAUUAUUCUGGGAACAACAGGCAUCUCGCUGAACACCACCGAAUUAGAGAUUGAGCUUCAACCUCAAACAACCAGCGAGCAGCCGACACUCGCCGCUGUUAAAGCAAAGGCGAACGUGGCCAUCACGUUGCAGCUGACUAUAACAGGGCAAGCGCAGCCCUCACAGGUGCAAUUCUCUGGAAAGAUCAGAGAUCAAAAUGCCAUGAGGACAGAAAGCGACAUCGGAAUGCCCCUCAUGCAUCAGAUCAGAAUCAUCAACAUCGGAAGGCGCUUGACGGACUUCGGCACUGCCACCCUUCACAUUGACUGGCCCAAGACCACGGAGCAGAACAAGUGGCUGCUCUACUUGAUGAAGGUCACCGCCACAGGCGUGAACCACAUCGAGUGUACGCCGAAAUCGGAGAUCAAUCCUCUCAAAAAGGAAGUCAGCAACAGCAGGAUAAGAAGGGCCUCAACAAAGACCAAAGACGGUGACCAAGGAAUUAUUUCACGUUUGGUGGACAAGAAGAAUUCUAAAAUUCUGUCAUGUGACGACGGGGCCAAGUGUGUGAGGAUCAAGUGUCCCCUGAGAGGCCUGGACAGUAACGCAGUCAUCACCCUUCACUCCCGCCUCUGGAACAGCACAUUGUUGGCGGAUUACAACAAGCUGCAUCACGUGGAUGUGAUCGUCAAGGCGGCACUUCAGGUUGAAAGCACAAGAAAAAUCACAGCGAUGGAGAAUGCUGAGACACAGAUGAAACUCACUGCGUUCCCUGAGAGGCAUGAGGCCCAAUACGGAGGAGUCCCAUGGUGGAUCAUUUUCUUGUCCGUUCUCUUCGCCCUGCUCUUACUGGCGCUACUGGCUUUCCUUCUCUGGAAGUGUGGACUUUGUCGAGUCUGUGGGAAAAAGAACAAACAGGACCUGACAGAAAAACAGAGGCUGACAAAUGCGUAAAAAAAAAA